AUGCAGCGCUGGUCCUCCUUAGUCAGGACGAUAAGUGGCGGUGGAAAGGCCACUGAAUUUGAGGAAGAUCCCAAUCUAGAUGAAAACAGGACGUUGUUCCAGGCCUUCGAAUGGUAUCUGCCAGUGCCGCCGGGUGAUAGUGCACUGCUAAGUGCGAGCCAUUACGAUACCUUGAUGGCCCUGCUUCCACACCUCUCCGCCUUAGGUAUUUCGCACAUCUGGAUACCUCCAGGCUGUAAAGCCACUUCGGUGCAUGACAAUGGAUACGGUAUAUAUGACCUAUGGGAUCUCGGUGAGUUUGAUGCAAAGAACAACGGCAAACCACCAAGGACGAAGUGGGGCCAUAAGGCGGAGCUAGAGGCAUUAUGCGCAAAGGCAAGUGAACUGGGAAUAGAUAUUCUUUGGGAUGCUGUUCUCAAUCACAAAGCCUCGCCAGACGGCAAAGAAGUCAGCUGGGGAGUCAAGGUAGACCCUCACGACCGGACGAAGGCCAUCUCUAAGCCCUAUGAGCUGGAAACGUGGACAAAAUUCACGUUCCCUGGGCGCGGCACGAAGUAUUCCGACAUGAAGUACAACUGGAAGCAUUUUUCUGGCGUAGACUAUGAUUCCCGCAAGAAAGAUCAUGGCAUCUUCAAGCUCAUUGGCGACGAAAAGCGAAGCGACUGGGCACACGAUGUCAGCAAAGAGUUGGGAAAUUAUGACUACUUAAUGUUCGCAGACCUUGAUCAUUCGCAUCCUGCUGUACGAACAGAUAUCUUCACCUGGGGAAUAUGGAUUACCUCGCUGCUCAAUCUCGGCGGCUUUCGCUUGGAUGCCAUCAAGCAUUACUCUCUUUCUUUCCUUGCGGACUUUCUUGCACAUCUCGAAACAAAGACCCCUCAGGGGAAAAAGUUGCUUUUCGUUGGGGAGUACUGGGACCCUGACCUGGAAGCUUUGACUAAGGUUAUCAGAAGAUGCCAUGGACGGCUGAAUCUAUUUGACGUUCAGUUGGUAUACACCUUCAGCGACUUUUCAAAGGGAAGAAAGCAUGAUUUGACGACGAUUUUCGACGGCACUCUGGUACAACGGGAUCAUGUCCAUGCAGUGACCUUUGUUGCGAAUCACGACACACAAGAAACACAGUCUCUGGCUGCGCCCGUUGAGGAGUGGUUCAUACCGCUGGCCUACGCGCUGAUUCUGCUUCGCCACAAUGGAGGGACCCCCUGCGUCUUUUGGGGGGAUGUCUUUGGCAACCAUGGCCCACGGCCUCGACUCCCAGCGUGCGGUGGCAAGCUUGCGCGACUCAUCGCCGCAAGAAAGCUUUACGCCCAUGGCGCGCAAAGAGACUAUCUCGAUUUGAAAGACUGCAUUGGCUGGACCCGGCUGGGCCACAGGUCCAAGUCUAACGGAGCCGGUCUUGCUGUUAUCAUGACCAAUAGCUGGGACAGGAGGUCUAAGAGGAUGUUUGUGGGUCACAGGCACAUUGGGGAGAGGUGGAGGGAUAUUCUCGGCUGGGAAGACAGGGAAGUCGUGAUUGACUCGAAAGGAUUCGGCACCUUUCCUGUCGGCCACAGGUCUGUCGGGGUCUGGACGUCCGACAAGGCCCCCGAUUUCGAGAAGAUCACCAGAUUCACAUUUCCCAGAUUGGGGCACAGCGCCGCCGCGCCGGAUCCGAACAUGUUGCCUGUGUAG